GGUCCCAAGCCGAGGGCUGAACUCCAGGGAGGAGCGCGCUCGUCACGCCCACACUGGAGGCCGUGGCAGGCCUGGAAACGCGCCCUGCGGGGUCCUAAGAAGCCACUCGAGCUCCCGAAGAGCGAGUCUUCGCAGCCCUUCACGGCGCGCUCGCAUCUGGCGCUGCCUGGAGCCCGCUCGCGACGCACAGGAACGGGAGGCCCGGUUUCCACGGGAGAGGCUGCGGACUGCGGGCCCCGUCCCGAGGCCGGAGGAGUGGGAGACACCCGGCGACCCCCGAGAGCCGAUUCUGGCAGUGGCGGCGGUGGCGGCCUACGCGCCCCCUGGAAGCACCGCCCCGCCUGGGUGGUGCCCGCGCCGGCUCCUCCUCUUCCCCUCCGCCGCUGCCCGCCCCGGCCCGCAAACCCAAACACUCCAGGCGCCCGCCCGCCGCGCGUGAUUCUCGCCUCGCCGCCGCCCAGCCCUGCGCGCCUUGCCUGGCGGCCCCCGCCCGGCCGCUCCGGGCCCCUGGCCCCGCGGAGCGAUGCUGCUGCUGGCUGCCGCCUUCCUCGUGGCCUUCGUGCUGCUGCUGUACAUGGUGUCUCCGCUCAUCAGCCCCAAGCCCCUCGCCCUGCCCGGGGCGCAUGUGGUGGUUACAGGAGGUUCCAGUGGCAUCGGGAAGUGCAUUGCUAUCGAGUGCUAUAAACAAGGAGCCUUUAUAACUCUGGUUGCACGAAAUGAGGAUAAGCUGCUGCAGGCAAAGAAAGAAAUUGAAAUGCACUCUAUUAAUGAUAAACAGGUGGUGCUUUGCAUAUCAGUUGAUGUAUCUCAAGACUAUAACCAAGUAGAGAAUGUCAUAAAACAAGCACAGGAGAAACUGGGUCCAGUGGACAUGCUGGUAAAUUGUGCAGGAAUGGCAGUGUCAGGAAAAUUUGAAGAUCUUGAAGUUAGUGCUUUUGAAAGGUUAAUGAGCAUCAAUUACCUGGGCAGCGUGUACCCCAGCCGGGCCGUGAUCACCACCAUGAAGGAGCGCCGGGUGGGCAGGAUCGUGUUUGUGUCCUCCCAGGCGGGACAGUUGGGAUUAUUCGGUUUCACAGCCUACUCUGCAUCCAAGUUUGCCAUAAGGGGAUUGGCAGAAGCUUUGCAGAUGGAGGUGAAGCCAUAUAAUGUCUACAUCACAGUUGCUUACCCACCAGACACAGACACACCUGGCUUUGCCGAAGAAAACAGAACAAAGCCUUUGGAGACUCGACUUAUUUCAGAGACCACAUCUGUGUGCAAACCAGAACAGGUGGCCAAACAAAUUGUUAAAGACGCCAUACAAGGAAACUUCAACAGUUCCCUUGGCUCAGAUGGGUACAUGCUCUCAGCCCUGACCUGUGGGAUGGCUCCAGUAACUUCUAUUACUGAGGGGCUCCAGCAGGUGGUCACCAUGGGCCUUUUCCGCACGAUUGCUUUGUUUUACCUUGGAAGUUUUGACAGCAUAGUUCGUCGCUGCAUGAUGCAGAGAGAAAAAUCUGAAAUUGCAGACAAAACUGCCUAAUUCUUCUUACCCCUUGGAAGAAGACUGUUUCCAAAUAAUUCGAACAGCUUGCUGCUAAAUGGGACCCAAUGUUUGGCCUAUAGACACUUAUAUAUUGUUUUCGAAUAUGUCAGAUUGGACCAGUGCUCUUCAGAAAUGUGGCUGCAAGCAAGGGGCUAGAAGUUCACCUCCUGACAGUAUUAUUAAUACUAUGCAAAUAUGGAAUAGGAGACCAUUUGAUUUUCUAGGCUUUGAGGUAGAGAGGUGAAGGUAUGAGAAUUAAUAGCAUGUGAACAAGGUAAAGAACAGGAUUCCAGAAUGAUCAUUAAAUUUUUUUCCAUUUAUUCUUUUUUGCCCCCCUAGAGAUUAAGUCAAGAAAUGUACUUUAUGGCACAUGAAGAAAUCUUGAGGACUUUGUUUAAACGUUCCAUAAAAAACAGUUCUGGGUUUGUAGGGUUUUUUCUUUCUUUCUUUCUUUUUAACUUGGUGUAUUUUAUUCAAGAUGAGUUGGACCCAUUGCCAGUGAGUCUGAAUGUCACUGACAGCCCUGUGUUGUGCUCAGGACUCACUCUGCUGCUGGUGGAAACUCAUGGCUUCUCUCUCUCUUUGAUCCCAUAAAGCUAUGAGGGGGACGGGAGAGGGCAGUGCAAUGGGAGGUAAAGAUAUUUUCCAGAAGGAAAAGCAAUGCUUUCUUGUCUUCUUUAGACUCAAAUGCUUAGGGAACGUUUCAUUUCUCAUUCAUGGGGAAAGGCAGCCUCCUUCAAUGUUUUCUGAAGAGCAGUAAAAUCUAGAAGCUUAAGAAUUUACAGUUCCUUCAAUAACCAUGAUGACCUGAAGUUCACCUAUCCCAUUUUAGCAUCUACUUGUUUUUCCCAUCUCUUCCUUUCCAGUUUUGCUUAUACUGCUGUAAUAUUUUUGUAAAAAAAAAAAAAAAAAAAAGGAAAAAAAAGACCAGCUAAAAUUUUCGACUUGACUUUUUAACUUAAUUCAUGAAUUAAUUAAAGCAAAUGAAAAAAUUAAAAAGUGUGACAUUUUUCUCGGAGCAUAUAUGUAGCUUUUAGGAAAGGCUGAUGAUGGUAUAAAGUGUACUCAUUAAGAAAAAAAGACAAGGCUGAUUUUGAAGAGAGUUGCUUUUGAAAUGAAAUGAUCACCUGAUCUUUAUGUGACUCUCCCACUGAACCUGCAGACAUUAUUUUCAUACCACAUGCUAAGGAAGCCCACUCAUCUAACUCUGUAGCCCUGGAAACCCUCUUGGCCCCUGAAUGUUGUUUCCAGGUUAUAGGAUCUGUGUUCAUUGGUGGAUUUUGACAGCAAGUGCCUCUUACGAGUUUUAGCCAACUUUCCCCGUUGCAUCCUGCUCAUUGUUCGCACUCCUCUGACUUGAGGAGAGCUGCCUUCACCUUGAUCUUGUAACCCGUCUUCCUUGCAUAUACGGUAGCACAUUCCAGAUCACUUCGGUGAGAAAAAACCUGUUUUUGAAGAGGAAACUUUCUUAAAUUGUAAAAUAAAACUUAAAAAACAUAAAAACUCUAUACAAAAAUUGACCUUAAAAAUUAUAGCAAACCUUUUUUUUUUGCUCUUGAGUUUUUGAAGUUCUUGACUUUAAAUGACUUCACUUUUUAAAAAAUAAGAUGUUUUAUGGCUUUAACCCAUGUUUUUAUUAAGAUCUGAGAAUAGCAUAUUUUAAACACAUAGAUACAGAAGAAAUUAUUAUUUAAUAUAUAAAUUGCUUGGAAUGAUUUCAUUGCAGCUUAUAAGGAUGGGUUGAUGCCAGAAUGGUUUCAUAAAUCGUUCAGUCUUACAGAGCCAAAGUUUGCAGAUUAUAUUGAGUUGCAUUGUGCAGCUGCUAAAAUGGAAUCAUAGCUUUUUAUAAUUUGCAGAAAACAAUUGCAUUAAUGUCUGGACGUUUCUCAGUUUUAUCUUUUUCUCAUAAAUGUUCCUCGAAUUUUGGCACCUUCUACUGCUGAUCUAUAUUAGAAUCUAGUCCAAGAAGGUGUCUGAUUUAAUAACAAAUAGUUAUUUCAAUAUAUUUUUUCAAAUUAUCCUCAUAGAACCUGUGGCCUCCAGUGAGAUGGUAAUGUACUACCCGAAUAAAUUUAAGAGCGCCUGUUAAGAGCCCCUGUUUUGCGGUAGAAGACAAUUGUCCCUAUCCCAAUUUCCACUGAAAUAUGAGAGCAGACUUGUGGAGACCAUCAUGUCAGAAAAGAAAUUUCCUUGUCAGAGAUGUUAAAGGGUUACAGUCCCUUAGCAAAAAACUUUGAAAUCGUAGUUGGUUUGUGUUUUUCUAAAUUUGAUACCGUAAUUCAUUUGGCAGCAAAAUCUGACUUGAACGGAUGUGAGAGUAUUGUACUUCUUAUUUAUGCUACUUCAUUGUGACUGUUAAUUUCCCCUGAAGGAAUAUCCAUGGAUUUGAUUAUAGGUUUUCCCUUAGAUGCCGUGGAGGUGUUUUGUAAUAUUCAAAAUAUGCCCAUAUUGCCUUUUUAAAACCCCAAAGAUUAUGAAUUCUGAAACACAUCCAGCCCAGUGGGUUUUGGAUAAGGGGUUGUAGGCAUUUAAGCGGCCUCACAUAAUGGGCUGACUUCAUCCAAAACAUGAAAAUAUUACAAGGCAAAUUCUAUUUUUUAUAUUUUUUGGUUCAAUGCUUGAACAACUUGUUUUUCUGCUGGGGGAAGAAAAAAAACCAACCCUGAGUGUGAUUGUUAUGGAAACUAAUGACUUUGUUUUUAAAGGAUCACAUUGAUUCAACACCUUCUACUGGACCCAGAAGUGUGUAAAUAUUACCUAUGGCAGUAAACGUUUAAUUAUAAUUCAGUUUAAAUGUUGCCCUUCUGUAUGUAGCCAAGAACAGCUCAUUUUGUGAAUUUCAGUUUUUAAGUGGCUGUUUUUUGAUUUGGUUGUAUUAUUUUAUUAAAAUGUAUUUGUAAGUAUAUUAAAAAAUUAACAUCGAGCCAUAAAAAUCCCCAAAUAUGUUCAAGGACUUCAUAAUUGAAAAAUAUAUAGAAAACAAUCUUUAUUUCUUUUUACAAAAACAAAAUCAUGGGAAUUAUUCUUUUCUAUAUAUUUAGUUAUAAAUCUUUCUCUGGGCCGGGCGCGGUGGCUCACGUCAGUAAUCCCAGCACUUUGGGAGGCUAAGACGGGCAAAUCACGAGGUCAGGAGUUCGAGACCAGCCUGGCCAACAUGGUGAAACCCCGUCUCUGCUGAAAAUACAAAAAAUUAGCUGGACACGGUGGCAGGCGCCUGUGUGUGUGGCGGACGCCAGCUACUCAGGAGGCUGAGGCAGGAGAAUCAUUUGAACCCAGGAGGCAGAGGUUGCAGUAAGCCAAGAUUGCGCCACUGCACUCCAGCCUGUGUGACAGUGUGAGACUCUGUCUCAAAAAAAAAAAAGAAAAAAAAUCUCUAUCUGGAUCUGUUAAACCAUUUAUUAUUGAUCAUUGCAAGUGAAAUUUUGAGAGAUUGUAGUAUUUAGGUGAUGAAAACAUUUGGUAAUAUUGCUUUGGUUCAAAGAAUUUUAUGUCUUAAUCUUUCUAGAAGAAAGCAAUUAUAUAUAUAUUUUUGCUAAAUUAUAUAAACAUUUAAUUACAUCAUGUUCUAAUUUAAACAUGUAUUACUCACUUGAGGUCACUUUUAAAUAUUCAUACUCUUUGACAUAAGAUGCUUUGUAUAUUUCUCACUUCUUUUAGUUCUUAGUAAGUCAGCUUUAAAAAGUACCUGCCGACAAGAACCUUCCAUAUUCUGGACUAAAUCUUGCUGUUCGGAUUAUACUUCAGUGCAGUAACUGUGGAUUUGCAAUUUUGAAGGGGAGAUAGUAGCUAUUAUAUUUUACACUUGCUUGAUGUGAUAACUAAAGACUUUUUAAUUGAUGAAAGUGCACAUGGCUAUUUUGAUACACAAAGUUGUGUUUGCUACUUUAGAAGCUUUUGUGGCAGAAUUGUAAUCUAAUUUUCAUACCUUGUAUUUCUGAAUCACAACAAAAAAAUAAAUGGGGAACAAGACUUA